AUGGAUGUUUUACAACAUAAUAAUACAUGGGAACUUGUUGCUUUAGCUGCUAGGGAGAAAACAGUUGGCUGUAAAUUGGUCUUUAAUGUGAAGUACUUAGCCAAUGGUUCUAUUGAUUGGUAUAAGGCUUGGUUGGUGGCAAAAGCCUUUACUCAGAUUUCGGGCAAAGACUUUAGUUCUACCUUUGCUCAUGUGGCAAAGUUGACGUCUUUCGAUGUCAAGAAUGCAUUUCUUAAUGGAGACUUACUUGAGACUAUAUAUAUGGAUCUACCCUCUGGAUUUCAGGCUGAAGGGGAGUAUGCUGGGAAAGUUUGUGAUGAUGCUUCAGGGAUUGCUCAGGCGAAACUUCAUCUUCAGAAGUCCUUUGAUAUGAAGGACUUAGGUCCUCUUCGAUAUUUUCUUGGAAUUGAGGUUGUUAGAUCCCGUCGUGGAAUUUCUUUAUUUCAAAGGAAAUAUGUUUUGGAUCUUCUUCAAGAUACUGGCAUGCUUGGGUGUCGACCCGCUUCCACUCCUAUGGAGCCCAAUCUCAAACUCUCUGUUGAGUCAGGGGAAUUACUUUCAGAUCCAUCCGUGUAUCAACAUUUAGUAGGUCGUCUUAUCUAUUUGACUAACACAAGGCCCGAUUUGACAUUUGCUGUUAGUGUGGUUAGUCAAUUCAUGCAUGCCCCUCGCUCAACUCAUAUGGAUGCAGUCUACCAUAUUUUGAGGUAUCUUAAGUCGUGCCCUAGUCUUGGUCUAUUCUAUGCCUUAGGAAAUCAAUCUGGACUCUCAUGCUUUACUGAUGCAGACUAUGCUGGAUGUAAGACAGAUAGACGUCCUACCUCUGACUUCUGUACUUUCUAUGGUAAUCAUCUCAUAUCAUGGAAGAGUAAGAAACAAACUGUUGUCUCUAGAUCAUGUGCUGAAGCUGAAUACCGAGCUACGGCUCAAGGUACUUGUGAGCUCCUUUGGCUUCAAUCAAUUUUGGGAGAGUUGGGUCUUGUAGAGAAAGGUUCUUCAAGGCUGUUUUGUGACAAUAAAUCAGUCAUUAUGCUUGCUUCCGAUUCUGUUCUACAUGAAAGGUUGAAACAUAUUGAGACUGCAGAUGUGUUCACAAAGUCUGUUGGGCCUUUUCUUCUCCAGUCUUCUAUAGUCAAGCUGGGCUUGGUCAACAUAUUUGCUCCAGCUUAA